UGCAGCGAUAAUGAUCUGUCUAUAUUGAACUGAAUAUAAAGAUGUGUGGACUUCUGUACAUUCUGUCAUCCUGACAAAACCUUCCAGACUGUGAUUUUUACAUACAAGACUCUAAAAAUGGAUAAACUCAAGAAAGAGAGGAUUCGGAAAGUGAAUCCUGUGUCACAAAAAGUCAAACUCUUCCGUGCAUCAGAGCCACUACUUAGUGUCUUCAUGUGGGGAAUUAACCAUACGAUAAAUGGUUUGAACCACGUGAACCUUCCUGUUAUGUUGAUGCCUGACGACUUCAAGGCUUUCAGUAAGAUUAGAGUGGAUAACCAUUCUUACAACAAGGAAAGUAUGCCAAGUCAUUUCAAAGUAAAAGAAUACUGCCCAGUUGUGUUCAGAAACCUUCGAGAGAGAUUUGGAAUAGAUGACCAAGAUUAUAUGAACUCCUUGACCAAGCAAGCAAUGGAUGUGGACUCCCCUGGCAGAAGUGGAGCCCGUAUGUUGAUGUCUCAGGAUAAGAAAUUCUUUGUGAAAACACUAGUCAGUGAAGAAGUGGAGCAGAUGCACCAUCUGCUCAAACAAUACCAUCAGUAUAUUGUAGAAACUCACGCCCAGACAUUGUUGCCUCAAUACCUUGGAAUGUAUCGGAUCACCGUAAAUGACGUGGAAUCCUACCUUAUCGUGAUGAGGAAUGUGUUCAGCCCUCGUCUGGUCAUCCACAAAAAAUAUGACCUUAAGGGAUCAACAGUUGACCGUCAUGCCAGUGAUAAAGAAAAGGCGAAAGACUUGCCCACGUUUAAAGAUAAUGACUUCAUCAGUGAUGGCCUGUCACUGAAGAUUGGAAUGGAUAGUAAAGACAAACUCAUGGCUACACUCACCAAGGAUGCAGAGUUUUUGGCCAGUCUCCAUUUGAUGGACUACAGUCUCAUUGUCGGAAUCCAUGAUUGUGAGCGUGCAGAACGAGAGGCAAUUGAAGCUCUGGUCCAGGAGGAAGCAGGAGAAGGCGAAGAGGAUGAAAAUGACACGGAAAAUGGAAUUUUAGAGGAUGACGAGUAUGAUUAUGGAGGUGUGCCAACUCCACCGGAUAGUCCCCAACCUCUGGCCAUACCCCCAUUUGUAGGAGAACUUGACAGUAACUUGGAAAGAUUUGGUAUCAAAAGUAGUGAGGAUGCACCGAAGAAGGAGAUAUACUUUUUAGCAAUGAUAGACAUUUUGACUAAGUAUGGGGUAAAGAAGAGGACUGCUCAGGCUGCAAAGACCAUGAAACAUGGAGCUGGCGCAGAAAUCUCAACAGUAAAACCAGAACAAUACGCAAAGCGAUUUCUUGACUUUAUCUGCAAGUGUCUAGAGUGAAAACCCUUUUGCAUGAGAAGAUAACUUACACCUGAAGAAGAAAAUUAUUUCCAAAUAAGGAAUUAAUCCCUUAUGAAGACACUAUUCCUAGAGACAAAUAAUGAUUUCCAUAUAAGGAGUAUAUCCUAGCAGUUAUUCCCUGAGAAGAAGAUUCUCUUAUUGAAGCCAGGACCACGUUUUUAAUAGUUUUUAACCACUGUAUAGAAAGUUGGUACAUUUUUUUGUUUUGAAAUGCAGUUUGGUAACAUGAUUGGUGGUCUGAUUUAUCUGACAUUAAAGAUUUUUUGCUCAUUCUUUUAUACAUUUGAUGUCAAGAAAGACUCAUUAUCAAACAUAUUGAAAUUUGGCCAGAAUUCCAUAUCCUUAAUAGAAAAUUAUUGUUAAAUUGUUUUGAAAAUCUCUGAUCAAAUAUUGGUUUCAGUACUUUUCCGGAUCAAUAUUUGAAUUUAUGUUUGAUUUUGUAUUGGAUCAAAAGUUCAAUCUAUGAACUUAUAUCUUUGUGCUUAAUCUGUUGUUGAUUAACUUCAUCAUCAUUUUAUUGUUAUUGUCCAUCAACAUGUGAAGAAAGUCACUCUACUUAGGGCAGGUCCUUUGAAAUCUUAUCACCCCCCAAAUUUGUGGGUAGAACUGUUGUGAAAUCAGCAUCGUUGGAUGGAAAGUAUUCCCAAUAUAUAGUUAAAGUGGUUUACAUGCUUGAGUAUCAUCCCCUGGACUAUUGGACAAAUUAGAAAAAAAAAAAGAUUUUCUCUGAAAUAGCCAGGAGAGUGACUCGGCCUUUGACAUCAUGUAUAAUUGCUUUACAGUGUUAAUAAUCUCUCUGGGCAUCAGUGUAGUAAAGUAUUGAUAUAUAUUGUUGAUAUAAGCCACAUGUAACGACUAUGGUCUCAAUAUUCAGUAUUUCAUUUGAAUGUGUUCUUGAUUCUUGUAUCAAAAGUAGGUGGAAUUAAUUAUAAGGUUUUUUUUUAUCCACCAGACAGCUUUCUAUAGGUCACUGGCAUUGUUAACAUAGUACAACAGGUUUUUUUCCCCCCACAUCAUCAUUUCAACUCCUACUUAAAUGAAACUAUAUGUAAUUAUUGUUUGUUUUAUUCCAUAAACAUAUAUUUGACCAGAUUUAUAUAUGAACUCAUGCCUAAACUCAUAAUUUUUAACUGCGCUUAAUACAGGUGUAUACCAUUUUCUAUGUAAUGAAUGUGCUGUUUUAAGAAACAAUUACAAUCAACAUAGCUAAUUGAAAUAAUAUUCAGUAACUUGACAUGUUUUGAUAUGAAAGUUCCAGUUCCAAGUUAUUAAUGGUAAACUUGUUCAUGAAACUUGUGGUAUUAACUAGCUGUUAUCUUUAGUCAAUCUCAUUAGAUGAUGAUUUGAGUUAAGCCUGGAAAAGAAUUGAAAAUAAUAGCUCCCCAAUCAGUUAAUCUGUGUGCCUAGACCAACUAUAUUCACGCUUGCAGAAUAACCUGAUUCACUGUCUCUUGAAUUAGACAAAAGCAAGUCCAGAUGUUUAAUAUAAAGAAAAUAUUGCUAAAAAUUGCUCACUAUCACCAAGGGAAGUAACUCUCGUCACACAACAAAUUAACAAAGGAAACUUUUGAAUUAUCUUGUUGAUGUUCAUUAUUCUAUUACAAUUUGUUGGCACAUUAUUUUGUCCUCCUGGGAAAUAACUUACCCAUAUUAAGAAAAUUUGCAAUCUUUUGGAAUUUUAUUUGUGUAACAGGUACAGUAAAUAACCUCAGAAUAAUCUACUAGGGUUUACAGAGAAUUUCAAGUAAAGAACUUUUUUUUCAGAAAUGCUGAUUACUGAUUUCAAAAAUAAGAAAAAAAUGUGCAAGAGAUUAUUAUGUGGCGGGUGUUGUCAAUGAAGCAGUAGAUGAUUAUUCUUUCUAAACACCUUGUUCUAUUCUCCUUGUACUUUCUCAGGAGUCUCCAGGUAAUUUUUCGAAUACCGUAAAUUUGCAGGUAUAGUGCGCACUCGGGUAUAGUGCACAGGUACUUUUUUGGGGUCAGAUUUAAAAAAAAAAAAAAAAGGUUUUCUACAGAAAGAUUAAUUGAUUACUGGUUACCACGAUGAAACAGUUGAUGUGGUUUGAUCCAUUGAUAAUUAGGAAACCACAAACAUCGUGACCCUAACAUAUUUAAACAACUUAUGUAAACAAAUUCACACAGGUGACAAUUGUGAUCUUAAAAAAAUGUUUUUCAUGAAAAGUUGGUAUGUGAGAUUUGACAUUGCCAGUCUGCUGUCAGUGAUGCAAGAAUCCAAAACUCCUGUAAGGCUAUAUACUUGUUACAGUCUUGUAGCAGUGUUAUACAUUUUAAUAAUCAGUGAUGUAGCUACACUUUACAUGGUAAGCUUUGUAGCUAGUGUGUAUGAUAGGUGAGAAAGUGCUUUGGAAUCAAAAUAAUAGUACAGUGUAACUAGAACGCUUUUUUAGUGCUUAUUGGUUAUAUAAACAUUAAGUUAAAAUCAAUUCAAGAUGAUUUGUCGAUGUUUAAUAUUCAUUGAUAAUAUUGUGAACUAUAAGCGUUGGCAGAAUUGAUACGCUCAUAAUAAAACAAUGCUUAAUGUUAAUAUUGAAAUGUUUGCUCUCUUUAUCAGAAAAGGACAGAUUUGACACCAGACAUAGCCAGUGGUGUUUUAUUGUGAAUACAACUAGGCAAGCUGGUAGAUAGGUUUCCUUGGCAACAAAAGUAUAAAAAAAAUUGUACCUCACCUGAACAAUGCCUUAAAAAGGUGUCUGUUAGCUAUCGGUUAAAGCCUUUGAAUCAGUCAAAAAAUAUCUAUUGUGUUGCAAUCAGACUAAAACUUUGAAUGCUAGAUGAACCAUUAUGCCCAGGGUUAGAGUGUGAGCUGAAUAUUUCAAAAUCGUCUUAUUCAUUUCCAUUAAGGCCAGUUUCUUGAGUGUUCACAUGAUAUUUAAAAAUCUUUCUCAGUUCUAUUAGACCAAUCUGAAGUGCCACCUGAAUAUAGAUAAAUCCUCUUAUUCAGUUCUAUUAGGUCCAGAGUCAGAAGUGCUAGAUAUUAUAAAAUCUUAUUCACUUUCAUUGGACACAGAUCCUUUAUUAAGUAACAGCUGUGUAUUUCAGAAUCUUAUUAAGUUAAUUAGACCAAGGGUCUUGAGUGCCAGAUGAAUAUUCAGACUCUUCUUAUUCAGUUUCAUUAGGUCCAGGGUCCUAAUUGAGUGCUAGCAGAAUGAUUAGACCUAGGGUCACUUUAGCGCUAUGUGAAUGAUUAGACCUAGGGUCACUUUAGCGCUAUGUGAAUGAUUAGACCUAGGGUCUCUUUAGUGCUAGCUGAAUGAUUAGACCUAGGGUCUCUUUAGUGCUAGCUGAAUAUUACCAAAAUCUUCUUGUGGUUUAUUAGGCCAAGGGUCUUGAGUGCUAGCUGAAUAUUUCAAAAUCUUCUUAUUCAGUUGCAUUAAGCCUAGGGUCACUAGACUGAUCGAUGGAUGUUCCAAAUCUUAUUGAGCGCUAUGUUCCGAACUAAGUGCUAACUAAAUAUUUCAAAAUCUUCUUAUUCAUUUUCAUUAUUCGCAAGGCUGUGAUAUUUGGUCAGUAGAUGACUAGAAUAGAGUUUUAUGAAUUUCCAUGAAAUAUGAAUUGUUUGGUCUGUUUGAGUGAUAUUUACUAAACCUCCUUACUUAAAGGAUGAGUUAAGCAGUAGACAACUUAAAUGACCUUGACUUACAAGAUUGCAGAAAUCCUUGGCACACCACUUGGAAAUGACGUUUGGAGAUAUUCAUUGUGUCAUGUACAUGCUAGCCUCAGGGAAUUUAUAAGGUAAUUCUUAAAGUGGGAACUUGGCUAAACAUAGAUUUCAUUGUUCUUGAAGAAAAAAAAAAUUACAAUGUUUUCUUGACCUGGGGAUCUAGCCCCAUCUGUGGAGAAUCUGAUUUUGGUCAUAGCAUGAAAACUAGCACUAUUCCUCUUCUUAAGGUAGGAUUCAACCCACAUCGUAAGGAAGUUUUCAUAAAGUAUAUUGAGAUUGGCUCAGUAAGGAGUGACAUAUAUUACUUUUUCAACUUUAGGAAGAAUUCCUUGCCACGGAUGCUGAAGUAUCCAGGUGAACAUGUUAUUACACUAUCUGCCAAUGUGAUUUGUUAAAGAGAGUUUAUAAAUCAUGAAAUAUAUGUAUGUGUAAGUAUAUAGAUAUGUAUGUAUGUAAGUAUAUCAAAGUUAAUCCAAUAUAUAUAUGAGUCAUGCUACAGAACUAAAUAUUGUUUAGUGUCUCAGUAAAAUUGCUUCUGUUUUAAAGAUACUUGUUUGUAUAUAAAGUAUAUCAAAUCUGUGUACAACACAUACUCACGGCAAUUGUAUCAGAAAUCAAAUCAUGGCAUUAACAUGAAGAUUAUCGGAUACGAACAUGAACAUUUUGAAUGUUAUUAUCAAAUUUGUCAAGUGAUUCAAUAUAGAGGAUAAGAACUUUAAGAAAUUCCUUAAAAUGUAAUAUUUUUGUGUAAUGGUAACAAUUUUUUUAAUUUCUCAUUUAUAAGCGAAGUUUCUGAACAACACUGUACAAUACUCAAUGAUUAUUUUUGUUGACAAAAUCAGUGGAAGGAUCCUGUGUAUAAUAUUAUUAUCAAGAUGUGAUUUGUUUCAAUUUUUAAGUGAUAUAUUGAAUUACUUUAACAGGAGCCAUUACAAUUCUCCUUCAAACAUACCAUUGUAAAAAAAACAAGAGGCCCAAUGUUCCUGAGUUGAUCACCUUUAUAGUUUUAAAGAACAUGGUAGCUUAAAUUCAGAAAAAUUUUGUAAGUGUUAGUGAAGAUGGUCCCAAGAGUUAAACGUAGUCCAUGGUGGUAAAGCUGGACCAAGGGGUCAGAUAUAGUUCAUUAUGGUGUCACUGACCCUGGGGUUAAACUUAGUCCAUGAUGAUGAAGAUGGACCAAGGGGUCAGAUAUGGUCCAUUAUGGUGUCACUGACCCAGGUAUUAAACUUAGUUCAUGGUGGUGAAGCUGGACCAAGGGGUCAGAUAUAGUCCAUGAUAGUGAGGUUUGACCAAAGGGCCAAACUAAGUACAUGGUUUAUUUCUGAAAUAGCUGGGAAAGAGACCUUUAACAUCAUAUGUAAUUGCACCAUGCGGUUGAAACAUUGCUUUCCUGUUGCAAGUCUUAUUUUUUUGGUUUGAGACAAAAUUUUUCUAGUAUAAGGUAUCCAUUUAUUUUAGUUUGAACCACAUAGAAGUGAUUUGAUAUGUACUCUCAUGCUGUCUUUUUGUUGGGCAUUACAAAUGUACUCGUUAGUGUAGGAAAUACAUAGCAAUUGAUUGAACUAUUAGAUAGUGACUUGUUUAUGCUACGUCGUGGUGUAAGCUAUCUGUUUCAGAAUAAAAGAUGUGUUUGAACUAGCAUUCCCAAGAGAAAAAGACAGAUUUCACUUUUCUCUAUCAAAAAUUGAAAUGCAAUGUUAUGGAUAUCAUAGUACCCAAUGAAUAUUUCUUAAGUUUCAAAACAUUUAGCAAGUCCUGUAUGUGUUUGGCAUUUUGAAAUUAUGCUUUCAGGCUGAAAUCUCCACAUCAUCCUUUGUAGGUGAUGUAAAUGAAAUAUUCCAUUAGUCUCUUCAUGUUCAGUGAAAGUAUAUGUAGAGUAGAGAAUUCUGAGAACUCUCUAUGGGAAUAAGAUGAUGGAUUAAUUCUGGCCCCAUGGACCUGACAGUUUGGAUGUGUAUAGAUUGGUGAUGGGUUCAAAUCACUGAUUUAUAGGUUAGCCUGGUAAACCACAGACUAAGGCCGGACUCCAGGGUCAUUAUUCUGGUUAAGGAAUUAGCUUCUCUAGGUGAAGAUUUUUGCUAUAUACUGCUAUCAAAUCAUUAAUAUCUAUUGAAUCAUGUUGUCAAAUUAAUUGCCUUUUUAUUAAGUCAAUCAGUUUGUUAAAUACCUUAACAACUAGUGUUGAUUGUCCAUUUCUGUUCCUUAUAGUAUUAACAUUGACUGUUUGUUUACAGGUGAAUGUGUUUGUAGACUUUCAAUGUAAAUAUUAAAUAGUCUUACAAUCCAGGUAAAUUUUGAUUGAUUUUGUAGUUUUACCUAUUGACCAGACAAAAUGUGUCACUGUCUGUGUGUUUACACUCUUUCAACCUGCCAACUUUAAAAUACCUUUGUCAUUGUGUGUCUGGCGUCAUGAUUAAAAAAAGAUAUGCUCUCAGUAACCAAGAUGUACAAGGUGUCAAUGUUUGAGUAGUAUAAUGGUAGGGAUAUGUCAACUUUGUUCCUUUGAUCAAAUGUGACCCCAUUUCUAGGUCACACACAUUAAAAUUUGUUAAAACCAUUGAAAGAUUUUGGAAUUUCCAGGAACAAACAGAGCAUAACAGUUCUUUUUUUAAAUGAGUGAUUUGUUUUCUCUAAAAUACUUAGUACUUAAUAUGUUGAAACUCUUUCAAAGGUCACCUGUACAACUAGGUAUUAACUCUAUUUUAAGGUCAGAAAGAUCAGAUUUGCGGAAAAAAAAGUAGCAUAUUAAGAAGUUUUAUCAAGUUUGUUCAAAUUCAUAACUUUGACAUCUUUUCAAGGUCACAAAGGACAAGUCCUGUUUUAUUUUACAAAUGACCUUGAAGCCUUUAGUGGUAUACAUUGUAAAUGGCUUGUGGUCUGUUUAAGUGUAUGAAGAAAUGAAACAAUUUCUUCAAGGUCGUUUUGCUGUAAAAUGAUGAGAUAAUGCUUGUAAUUGUGAUGAAAGACGUAUGAAGAGGAAGAAUAAUGAUAGUGUAGAGUUCAUGCUUGUUUGCUAUCAAGCUUCUCGUAGACCUUGACUCACUUUAAAGGUCAUUAAUGUGAGGGAUGUGCAUUGUAUACAAAAUAAUGUACAUUGUAGUAGGUCAUCGAUUCAGGCCCACUGAACCUCUUGUUUAAAAUAUGGUGAUCUGACCUGGAAGCUAACUCGUUAUUUUAUACCAGUGUCAGUGAUUUAAGUGAAAUUGUAGUUAUAAUUUGAAGAAAAAAGAUUUACAAAUUAUAUUUAACAUUAGAUCCUUAGUAUACAAAAUAACUAACCAGUAUUUAUGGAAAGGUAGAAGAUUUACGUGUUCAAUGUAGAAGUUUUAUGUUUUGUCUUCCCUGGCUGAAAAGGCCAAGCAAGCUUAUAUAUUGGUGUAUCGUCCAUUGUCUGUCCGCUUGAAAAAACAUCUCAAUCUACUGAUUCAUCUUAAUCUGUAUGAAAUGAGUGGUUAUAAAGUUCAUUUGAUUACGGCUUACACCAUUUGUUCUCUCAAACAAUUAUUGUCAUUAUUACAGAAGAUAAAGACAAUUAAUCUUA